AUGUUGGGUAUUCCUAGAGAAGGAGGCAGGAACAGGACCAGGACGCUCUCUGUGGUCCAGUUUUCGGACUUGGAAAAGUCGAAGAUGGAAUCAUCGAUUGAACAAUUGGAUGCCUUGAUCAAACAAGUUAAAAGAAGCUGGAAAAUCCUGACCCAAGAGAAUUCCAAUCCUUUGGAGAUUGCCUUGCCCUUGCUUGAUAACACCUCUGUUGGUAUGGCAUAUAAGCUCCCAGACUUUUUAAAACUCACAGGGAAAAUAUCUCAAUCUUUACAAGUGGCUGUCAAUGAACAUUACCAAGCCUUCAAUAAUAGUGUGGGAUCUUACGACACCAUUUGUCGUUCGAUUGACGAAUCACAGCAGACCGUGAAAACUGUGAAGUCGACAUUAAAGCAGAUCAGUUCUGAUAUAUCUUCGAAAAAUCAAUUUUUGAGUGAACUUAACGAGAGAUCAAAACAGUACGGUGAUAUGAUGGAGAUCUUGGAUGUGAUUGAAGAUUUCAAGAAAUUGCCUAAUCAAGUAGACAAUUUAUUUGCUGAUAAAAAGUUUGGUUUGAUCCAAGAGAUUUUAUCCAAUGCCGAAUCGGAUGCUGAAAAGUAUAAGCUUUGGAGGAUUCCUGCAUUAAACAAUAUCAAAAACUAUCUUUCUACCGCCAAGAAAAAUUUAUUCGAUAUCAUUCUUGAAGAAUUGAAUUCCACAAUCUAUUUGAAGUCUAGAUCCUCUUCUUUGCUUUCAUUGGUUCUCAACAACGAUAAUUCAUCAUCUAAUAUUUCAAACUUAGAAGAAUUCUCUAACUUAGAAUUGUAUAUCAACAAUAUCGUCAAUAUUGAUGUUCUUGAGAAAUCUUCAUUAAUCCAGACGAAGUUGAACAAUUUCUUGAAAGAGAUUGACAGAAAAAAUGGCGUUAAAGUCAUUCACCGUCAAUCGGAUUUUGAGAAUGAUCCUUACAGUUAUCUUCACUUUUUGUUGGCCACGCUAACCAAAUUGAAUCAAUUACCAAAAGCAUUGGAAAUGAUUGCUCAGAGGCACCCGAGUGAGCUACACAAGGUUGUCAAUGAUACUGCAGAUGAAAUCAAACUCAAACAUCCAAACCUCGUAACUUCGUCUCUGAAAAAUGGAAAACACAGAGGCAAAGGUAAUAAUACACCUAAAAGCAAACCUGGAAAAAAGGAGAAUGAUAUUGAUAUGAAGAAAAGUGAUGAAAACCUAUCUCUAACAGACUUUGGUUUAGCCAUUGGUGACUUGAAUAAUAUUGUUUUACAGGAUUUUUUUUGGCAAAUAUUUACGAAAUUUCUACUUGUGUUACAAUCUCAUAGAGUGGUUUUUGAACUUGCCAAAAAACUUUCAGGCUUGCCAGAGGAACAAUUCAUUUCCAACUUGAAUUCUUAUAAUUUUGUGGAAAUUUGGAAAAAUAUGUCAAGUGAAACCAGAUCAUUGAUGUAUUCCUAUCUUAGUAGUGAUGCAGUGGUCUUCAAUGACUCUAAAAAUAAUAUCUUAUCUACUAGCUCUAAGAGUUUCAGUACCCCAGCCACACAAAUCUCUGAAAACUGGAAUCUUAUUAAUUUAUUUGAUUCAACUAAAAAAAAACAAAAUAGCUUGAGAUCAGCAACCGUGUUCCAGUUUGAUGAAGAAGAGUACCAAGAGAAUGAACGGGGUGAAAGUAGGUCUCUAAAUGAUAUUCACUCUGAAGAAUUGAAAACCUUUUUGAAAGAAGUAUUUCCAGGGUUCAAAAUCAAUGAAACCUUGUCGAGAACUUUAAUCAACGAUACAUCUUCGCCAUACUUGGAAAAUGAAGAACUCAUUCAACGGGAAACUUUGGUGCCAGGCAAUGUUUUCAAUAUGAGAGUUAUUUUAGACUCCUUUUUAAUUUUUAUCCAGGGUUCCAAAUCUGUUUUCCCAAAGAAAGCUGGGAAUUCAAGCCCUGAUUCUAGCGAACCAUUUAAUUUCUUCAUCGAUUUUAUGAAAAAAACCUUUUUACCACAGUUGGAUGAUACAUUAGAGUACAUGUAUAAUAAUACGGUCAAUGUUAACCCUUUCGAUAUCAUAUCCAUCUCAAAUUAUAAAUCGUCAGGUGGCUCGUUGGUCAAUGUCAAUGCUGGCUCUGACACCAUCAGUGAUAUUCAAGUUUUCAAAUCUAGUAUUGAUUUCUACAACUUGUUCACUAAAGUUUGUGAGACCUUGAAUACUUCAAUUAAAUUUAGAGAGGAAUAUUCAUCAUUGACAGUCCAGCUAUUAGUGAAAUUCUAUAAUAAAUAUGAUGAAUUAUAUACCACGUUAUUGCCAAAUAUUGAUCAGCCAGUCACAAACUCUCAAAACAAUUUCAAACAAUUAAAUAGAUGGUUGAAAUCUCCUGAAUUAGCCCAUAUAUCUUUGCAAAUCAUCAACACGAAAACUAAAUCCGAAAAACGUUUGCUUUCAACGGAAACUGGAAUGCUUUUGGCCAAUGGCUCCACUUUGUUGAAAAGCAUUGAUAAGACACAAAUUCUUCAUCCAAAGAAUUUUAACUCGUUGACUCAUCUUUUGGGUACUGUUGAUUGGAUCUUAAAGUGGUUGCCAGAAAUGAGAAGAGUAGUUGCCGGUGAAAAUAACUAUGAUGGCGUUAAUAUAGAUCAGUUACGAUCCCAUUGGGAAUUGGGGGAAUCUAAUCCAACUAGUUUGUCUAAUAUGAAAAAAGUUCAACUCACCUUUGAAAAAGAUACACCUUUGUUGAACCAAUUUGAUGGGGUUCUAAAAGAUUUUGAACAAUUACUUUCAAAUACCUUACUUGCUAUUAGAUAUGAUAUCAGAUUAAGGUUGAUUUAUUAUAUUACUGCGACGAUUGAAAAUAACUCCUGGAAUCCAAAUUCUGAUAUCAAUGCCAUCUGUCAAGAAAUCAAAGAAUUAUGCAACUUGGUUCAACUUUAUAAAUCCAAAUUAUUUAUCCAUUUGCAGCCAGAAUUGGGGGAGAAGAUUCUUUAUGGUAUUCCAAACUUAAUUGAUAAAUUGUUCAUUACUGGUGCCGAAUUGAUUCCAGUAUUAAACCAAAAUGGUAUCAGAAAGUUGUAUUUGAACAUUAUCACUAUUCAGCAAUCCCUCAGAGCAAUUAUGAAAUUGCCAGAAGAUGUUGACUUUACCCAUUCUUUGGCGUAUUUUGAUUUGUACAAAAAGGGGGUUGAAAAGAUCAUUGAUCAAAAUAGACAAAAAAAAUCAUUGUUCAACUUGAAGGAAAAUAAGAAUAUGAUCAGAUUGAUUUUCAGUCAAGAGCUCAAGGAUCACGAAAGUCAAAGUGGUCCUCCAUUGAUUAUUAACAAGAAAUAUCAUGACGCAAUCAAAGAACUUGAAAGAGUGCAUGCAGCUAGUGGUUAG